AUGGCGCAAGGCGAGCACAUGGAGUUGGUGGACGCAGCCAUGGCGGUGGCUGUUGACGAUGAGGAGGCAGUGAAGACGGUGGUGAAGGUGGCGCUCUGCUGCAUCCAGCACGAGCGGGACAUGAGGCCAAGCAUGCAAAAUGUGGUGGAUAUGCUCGAAGGCCGGGUCCCCGUUAAUCUCGGGCCAGAGACCCGUCGUCCAUCAUCUUGUUCUGCUGUAAAUUUAUCGGGGCCGGAGCAUUUCAUCAUCGACAUGCACCGUGGGUGA